CGAACCAAAAGCAAAUGACGCCAGUUGAUCGAGGCUGAAAUUGAGAGAAAAUAAGCAUCUGAAUAUGCGUAAUCGGACGCAAGUCUGAGAUAAACAUAGGAGGAUAAAUCUUUUCUCACUAAACAUGAAGAAGAAGAAUGGCAAACAUUUUCGAUAAUACACAAACUAUGAAUCGCUGCAGACUUUGUUUGGAUCGUCCGGGAGGCAUUGUUCGAAUAGAUGAAGACGUGUUUGGCAGACAUUUAGAAAUGCUUUUCCACGUCCAGUUUCCAGCAAAUGGAUAUCUACCUGAUAACUCGUAUUACUAUACGAGAAUAUUACUCGUUUUAUCAACAAGUUAUUCGAGCACAACAGCUGUUACAAACGGAGAAGGAACGUGUGAUAAGGAAUCGUGUCAAAGCUGAUUCUAUACACCUGAUCGCUAGUGAUGAAGCGAACGAUUCAAAGCAUUACAAUCAUGAUGAAGCCAUCGAAACACAUGAUACUAAAAACAUCCUAUUGAAAAACGGGGAUAGCACAGAUUAUGUGGAUCGAAAACCUGCUGAAGAGAAGAUAAAUAUAAUCACCACUAACAACGAACAUGAUGAACAGAGUCAGGGAAUAAAAGUAGAUGGUAAAAUUGAAUCAUUCGAAGCGAAAAGCCAAUCUAACGUCAAGUGUAAGAGCACGGCAAAUGAUAAGAUAAACGCUUUUAAGAAGCGAAUAGAAGAUAAUGACCGAAUUCGAGAAUUUUUCUUUAUAGUUUGUGAGAUAUGCUCGAAAGAGUUUUCUACAUUUCCACGGCUCCAAACGCACUCUCGCAAAGCGCAUCAUGUUCGCGGAUUCAUCGUUUGCUGCAAUCAAAAGUUUUUCCGCACUUUCCGGGUUCUGGAUCACAUCGCGUUUCACCUAAAGCCCGAUGCUUUUCGGUGCGAAUUGUGUGAAAAAAACUAUCGCAGUCGUUACACACUUCAGGAGCACAACAAAAGCCAUCAUGCUGAGCCAAAGGAGCGCCCAUUUAAAUGCGACCAGUGUCACCAAACGUACGAAAAAAGCUAUCAGCUCAAGUCCCACAUCUCGCGACACAUUCCAGUGCCGUGCCAUCUGUGUGGCAAAACGCUUUCCAGUGCGCAGGCACUACGGGUGCACAUUAGCCAUAUGCACGGUACUGAUGAGAGGCAAAUUUGUGACACAUGUGGCCUACAAUUUCGAACUCGAGCCGCACUCGAACGGCACGUGCGUGGUCACCUUGGGCAGGAGAAGGAGAACGAAAAGCGACAAUGUCCGCAAUGUGAGGUUUGGGUGAGUGGCGGGGCUGGUGGGCUUAAACAUCACACACAAAAUGUCCAUCCGGCCAAGGACAAAGUGUAUGAUUGUGAUAUUUGCCAACGGCGAUGCAAAAACGCUACCACCUUGUAUCAGCACCGUAAAGGCAUUCAUGCUCAGGAUCAGUACGAAUGUGAAUACUGCGGGAAAAGAUUCAAGCGCAAAAUUGGCCUGAAGGAACAUCGGGCCCUACACACCGAGCAAAUGCUAUACUCUUGCAGUGUGUGCGAUCUCAAAACGAACUCGAACGCGAAUAUGUACUCGCACAUUAAACGCAAACAUCCGAUCGAAUGGCAAGAAGCUCAAAAACAGAAACAGUUGGCAGCUGCAGCUAGUGUUGCGAAAUCGGCAUUAAAUGUGAAACCCUUAGAGGUAGAGAGCUGAUAGCAAUGCGAUGUUCCUAUUUAAUAGCACGAAUACAUUCAACUUUAGUCGAAAGUACUUGUAAAUGUGUCCAUGUUACAGGUUUAAAUUUCAAGCCAAAUUCCUCCGAAAUGAAUGCAAAUGAACGCAUUUCGGUUUUCCAUUCUCAUCGUCAGUAGUAGGAUGAAUAUAGCAGAUCAUGGUGAUAUGCAGUCUUUCCCCGAGUUACGCGAAUUUUUAUUUUUGAUAGUUAAUAUGUAAUAUAAGUACAAUUUUCUCCAUCAAUUGUCUAAAGAAAAAUAAUUUGCAUUUUUUUUUUCAAAAAAAUUAAAUCACUCACAAAAGACAGAAAUAACCGAAUUUUCUACACCGAUUGCAUCAAAUAAGUAAUACAUUACAUUAAACUAAAUUCUAUAAAAAAUCAUGAUAAAUAAAGUAUAUUAUGGCUGUAAAAUGCGAUAUUCGAGUUACGCGGAAAUCCGAGUUACGCGAAUGUCUCCGGAACGCAUUAUUCGUGUAGUUCAGGGUUCUCAGGGGGCAAGUUCUUUUAAGUGAACGUGAAUGCACCGAUUCGUUCAUCACACUGACCGUGAUCUCGACGUGAACGUGAUUUCGGUUCUUUAGUUCAUUUAUAAAUAGCAAUACCUUUAAAUCAGUACACUAUUCGAAAAUCGAUAGAACUACAAGUUAAUCGGUAGGUCGGAUAGGUCUGGUCAAUAUGAACAGCAAGCCAAUAUUGACAAUCUAUCAUAUGGCGCUAGAACGCAUUGCGUAGUUUAAAAUCAACCGCUUCUUGUCUUGCACAUGAAUUUGCAGAUGUUUUUUUUCUAUAGAUUUUUUCUCCUUUUUAAAAUAAAAUUUUACACACAAAUCACAAAAUUUCCUAUCCUUCGGAAGUACAAAAAGUUCUAAUUUCCAAAUCCUGAGAGGACAAUAACAAAACGAAGAAAACAGAAUUUUAUCAUAUAAAAAUCUGACUACGUACUUUAAAUGUAAUGUAAAUGCAAUUAACAACAAGAAUGAUGUUCUGUUACUCAUUCAGGGCUGUAAAGAUAAGGAGAGUUAAAACGAAGGAUAUAAUGAUACAAAUCUUGAAACGCACAUAAAAGAAUGGAGCUUGAAAAAAGGCAAUAAUCGUUUAAUUAAUGCAAUGACAGCUUAAUUAAAAAAUGACUGAUAUAAUAGAAGCAUUACUUGGAAACCUCCUCCUAAUGGUUUAACAAAACCUCCCUCAACCACAGAAUAAACUAUUCAAAGACACGCAAUAUUUCAACCAAAAAGUUCACCUACACUUCUUUUUCGAAUGACAUAUUUAUUACAAAUUAUGCGCACAUCCUGUAAAAAAAAGAAACCCGCACAUAAAUUGUUCAGAGAAGAGGAGCUUAAACGAAAACAAACAUUUCCAUAAUGUAGUGUGAUUAAAUGCUUUUAUUUGUUGUAUAUAGCAUUCCAGCAGUUUGUAUAUUCUGUUUCGUUCCAUUUCAUCAAAUAUAUGCAUAUAUGUUAUUUAUGACUAUACGUUAUCUUCAAUGUUUUGCACACUGCCGCAAUAAAAAAAAAAAUAAAUAAGCAAAAGCGAAAUAAUUGCCCACUGACGAACAAUAAUGAUAGCGAAGCAGUUAUAGUGACGCGCGCGCUCACUACUUAAUUGCGCCAUUCAUACAGAUGGAAGUUAUACAAUUUCUUAAUGGCUUAAUGGCAUUAUAUAUGCGUUUUUUUUAAAUGUCCAGCACAACGUAUGUAAUCAUCGAGGAUCCUGACGCAAACAAACUAAAAUGAACAUGAAACAAUUGCGUGGUUUAUUGAGGAUAUUAUGGCACGUGUGUCUUAAUUUGUUCGAACUGUAGCUGUCGAGCGGUCCGCUGCAUUAUGAACAUUGGUAAAAAAGCGAAAACUAAAACACGCUAUGAACAGCUAACUAACCAAAGGAGGUAUGUUUCGAGCGGAACAUGUAUUGAUUUAAAAUCCUAACGACUGAUCUUUCGUACAUAGCGGUUGGGUUGUCCAUUAGCCAAAGUUGAUCUAUUUGACUAGCAUCAACACAUUGCAUUAUAUACUGUAGAAGCAUCCGUCAUGCAAGCUUAUGUGUGCAGUAGCAUGGCUGCAGAAGUUUUGGUUUUAGCUAGUUUCUUAGUACAUUAGUUGUAAGCUCUGGUGUUUUUGUUUAACCGCCAGAUUUACAUUCGUGGUCAUGGUAACAAUACCUGGUGAAGGUAAAUGUAGGAAAAGCUUUACUCCAAAAAGUAUGUUUGUUGGUAAUGAACAUUUUGUUUCCACUGAAGGGUCGCAUUCACAAAUAGACUUGUUUAAAAUUAAUAAUAUUGUUUCAUACUUCGAUUGAGCGAGAGAGAGAGAGAGA